AUGGAUGUUGCCGUAUUACGAGAUCGCAUCGUCGCGACCCUUGACGCAGAUGCUGACGCUCGUCGCCGUGCUGAACUGGACCUGAAGACCGCAGAAGAACACCCAGGCUUCACCGAUGCCCUUCUCGAUAUCCUCCAAGCCGAGCAAGAAGGCCCAAUCCGUCUAUCAACCGUUGUUUACCUGAAGAACCGAGUCACAAGGGGAUGGGCACCGAGCGAGGAUUUCCCACAGAAUAAGGCUAUAUCGGAUGAUGAGAAGCAUAGGUUUCGUGAACGCUUGCUGCCAACCCUAGCAUCCUCCCCACCCCAAAUACGACAGCAGCUUGUUCCCAUCCUCCAAAAGAUACUUCAGUAUGAUUUCCCCGAAAAGUGGCCCUCGAUCGUCGAUGUUACAAUACAGCUCCUGAAUACAAACGAUGCCGCCUCCAUAUUUGCAGGUUUACAGUGCCUGCUUGCUAUUUGCCGCGUCUUUCGCUUCAAAUCAGGAGAAAACCGAGCCGACUUUGAUAAGAUUGUCGAAGCAACUUUCCCCCGACUGUUGAGUAUUGGGCAAGGGCUGGUAAAUGAGCAGAGCGAUGAGGCAGGGGAAAUGCUGCAUAUUGUGUUGAAGGCAUACAAGCACGCAACUUUCUUUGAACUGGCUACCGCCCUCAGAGAACAGACGGUCGUUAUUGGGUGGUGCACAUUGUUCCUCCAUACCGUAGGGAAAGAGGUUCCUGCGAGUGCUUUACCAGAAGAUACUGCCGAUCGUGAGGCAAAUCACUGGUGGAAAUCCAAGAAAUGGGCGUACUUCAAUUUGAAUCGCCUUUUCGUACGCUACGGCAACCCCCAAUCACUGCAGAAGGGCAAUGGAGAUGACUACACGGAGUUUGCAAAAAUGUUCACUGCCAAUUUUGCCCCUGAAAUUCUCAAAGGGUACCUUCAGCAAAUCGAAAAAUGGGUGGCGAAGACAACCUGGCUCAGCAGGCCGUGCUUGUCGUAUACUCUUGUCUUUUUAGAUGAAUGUGUUCGCCCCAAAGAGAUGUGGGCUCAUCUCAAGCCACAUCUUGAUACACUCGUUACGCAUUUUCUCUUUCCAGUCAUGUGCCUUACGGCAGACGACGUGGAGAAGUUUGAUACAGACCCUGAAGAGUAUCUCCACCACAAACUUAAUUAUUACGAAGAGAUCUCGGCUCCCGAUGUUGCAGCAACCAACUUCUUGGUCACACUCACAAAGGUUCGGAGAAAGCAUACUUUCACCAUACUUACAUUCGUCAACACUAUUGUGAACGAAUACGAGACGACAGAGGAUGCGAACAAGAACCAUAUUGCAAAGGAGGGUGCUUUACGGAUGAUCGGAACAUUAUCCAGUGUCAUUCUCGGGAAGAAGAGUCCGAUCGCGGAACAAGUAGAAUACUUCCUUGUGCGCUACGUUUUCCCAGAUUUCCGCAGUACACAGGGAUUUCUGAGGGCCCGAGCUUGUGAUACCGUUGAGAAGUUCGAGCAGUUGGAUUUUAAGGAUCCGAACAACCUGCUUAUCAUCUAUCGUAACAUUCUAGAAUGUAUGGGCGACACUGAUCUCCCUGUUCGAGUCGAGGCUGCUCUUGCACUUCAACCCCUCAUCAGACAUGAUAUAAUCCGAACAAAUAUGCAACAGAAUAUCCCUCAAAUCAUGCAACAGCUACUGAGGCUUGCAAAUGAGGUCGAUGUUGAUGCAUUGUCUAAUGUCAUGGAGGACUUCGUCGAAGUAUUUGCCGCUGAGCUGACUCCAUUUGCCGUUGCUUUGAGUGAGCAGUUGCGAGACACAUAUUUACGGAUCGUUCGAGAGCUUCUAGAGAAGAACGAUAAGCGUGAUGAUGAUGAGAGCUAUGGAGAUUAUCUGGACGACAAGAGCAUCACUGCUCUUGGCGUUCUACAAACAAUUGGCACUCUCAUUCUUACUCUGGAAAGUACCCCUGAUGUCCUUCUCCACAUGGAGGCAAUCCUUAUGCCGGUGAUUAAGGUUACUUUGGAGAAUAAAUUAUACGAUUUAUACAAUGAGGUAUUCGAGAUCAUCGACAGCUGCACGUUCGCCGCCAAAUCUAUUUCCCCAGUGAUGUGGCAAGCUUUUGAGCUUAUCCAUGCGACCUUUAAGGCGGGGGCCGAACUUUACCUCGAGGACAUGCUCCCGGCGCUUGAUAACUUUGUUCAAUACGGUCAACAACAUCUUAUAGAAACUCCACAGUACCUCGAGGCCAUGUUCGGCAUGGUAUCCGACAUGUUUGCCGAUGAAAAGGUUGGGGGAGUAGACAGGAUCUGUGCUUGCAAAUUGGCCGAGGGUAUAAUGCUCAGUCUUCGUGGUCAUGCUGAUAACUACGUUGUUGCAUUUGUUGAAAUGGCUAUGCGUACUUUGACAAGCAACGAGGUCAAGGUCAAGUCAUACAAAAUCCACUUGAUGGAGAUGGUUAUUAAUGCCAUUUACUACAAUCCGGUAUUGGCUUUGCAUGUUCUGGAGGCCAAAGGCUGGACCAACAAAUUCUUUAGCUUGUGGUUUUCAAGUAUCGACAGCUUCACUAGAGUGCAUGACAAGAAGCUAUCAAUCGCUGCUAUUGUUGCGCUGCUCACCCUCAACGUUGACCAAGUUCCUGCGAGUGUCCAAACUGGUUGGCCGAGGUUGUUACAAGGUAUCGUCCGGCUCUUUCAAACACUACCAGCCGCCCAGAAGAAACGUGACGAAAUCUUGAAGGAUGACUUCCCACUUGAUGGGUCAGCCUAUGAUGACGAUGACGAAGAAGACUGGGCUGGGGAUGACACAGCGUGGAAUGAAGAAACCGAACCUGAAGAGGAGACAGAUGCCAAGGAUGAAAGCACCGCUUACCUUGACUUCUUGAACGAAGAGGCCCAAAAAUUCCAAAAUCUGGAAGACCACGAUUCAGAUGAUGAAUUGGGGGAAGAAAGCCUUCUCGAGACCCCACUUGACAAGAUUGAACCCUAUUUCCUCUUCAAGGAAGCCCUUCUUAAAAUGCAACAUGAACAGCCCCAACUGUACUCGUCCCUCACAGGCAACCUGAGUCCCGAAGAGCAAAACACCAUCCAACAAGCUGUGCAACAAGCCGACGCACUGGUCGCCAACGCCGAGGCGGCCGCUGCCGCCGCAGCCGCUUCAGGCCAAGUUCCCGGUGUUGUCUUAAAUGGUGCCGCAUGA